AUGACGUCACAGCUGUCGCUCGAGACGCUCACGAUCUGGCACCAUGACCCGCCGCCACUGCCGUACUGGAUUCCCCACUCGCGCUUCCGCGAGAUCUGGGACCUUUUGUGUCUUGCGACGACUCUCUACUUUGCGUGCGCCUUGCCGUUCCGUGCGUGCUUUGUGCUCGAGUGGUCGCCGCUCGCGAUCGGGUGGUUUGCGGCCGAGUACCUCCUCGACGGUCUCUGCCUCGUCGAUAUCAUCUUGCGCUUCUCCUACUUUUACGAGUUCAAGGCUGGCGAGCUCCAAGCGUCGCGGGCCCUGGUGCGGCGACGGUACUGGCGCCACGGCGGUCUUGGCAUGGACGUAUUUGCGCUUCUUCCGCUCGAGCUCCUUGCGCUCCUUGUGAACGUGGACGACCACGCGCGCUGGCAAGUUGCGUCGCUCCUCCGGCUCAACAAGAUGGUGCGCAUGGUACACUACCCCGCGCUCACGACAACGCUCCAGCGGUUCCUAAGACGGUUCCCGUCGACGCGGCACCACGAGAUGCUAGUCAAAUUCAUUUGCUCGUUCCUCGUCCCGCUCUUCUUGGCCGCGCACUGGAUGGCGUGCGUGUGGUUCUUCUCGGCCUUCAACCUCUUGACGGCUACGCCAUCGCCGUCGUGGCUUGUCGCGGCCGGCUACGUCAACGCUACGGACAAGACUCCGCUGUGCCCGACACGAGUCAUCCCGCUCUCGCUCUCGAGCCACGUGCGCUUUACGAGUCUCAACGUGUACCUCGUGGCGCUCUAUUACGCGACGUCGGCGCUCACGAGCCAGAGCUUUGGCGACGUGGUGAGCACCAACGUGGCCGAAACGAGUCUCACGGUCGUCUUCAUCGUGGUUGCCAUCACCGUGCUCGGGCUCCUCACCGGCGUGCUCUCGGGCUUGAUGGAGGAGCACCUUGCGAUGCGCAUGAAAUUCGAGCAGAAAAUGAUCGACAUCUCGACCUUCUUCAAGUACCGUCGCGUCCCGUUCGACUUUUUCAUUCAAACGUCGCACGUGUUUCGGUCGCUGUGGCAGCGGAGCCAAGGACAGACCGAGUUGGAGCUCCUCUCGACGCUCUCACGUAAGAUGAAGGAAGACAUUGCGAUGCACGUCAAGCGAAGCAUGGUGCUCAGCCUCUCGUUCUUGGCGAAUGCCCACGAAGUCUUUGUCCGAUCGCUCGUCACGAUGCUCGAAACCGAGCAGUUUGUCUACGCCGACCUCAUCUACCAGGUGGGCGACGUGGGCCGGGUGCUCUAUUUCAUCAACGUCGGCGGCGCGACCGUGCUCGCGGCCAAGAAGACGCCGCUCGAGAAGUUCCAAGGCAGCCUCUUUGGCGGGCGGGCACUCUUUGAGGACCGCGGCCGCGAGUACACGGCGAUCGCCAACUGCGACUGCGAGUGCUUCCUCCUCUGCUUCGACGACUUUGAUCUGCUCAUGGAGCGCUUCCCAGAGUACCUGGACCAGUGUCGCGACGAGUGGAAGCACACAGAGCGCGAACUCGACGAGGAGGCCGAGCGCGAGAACCAGGAGCUCAUCGAGCCGGUGGCGCGACGCGAGAUUGUCCGAAACAACAGUCGACGGGACAGCCGCAAGGGCCGUGGCCGGCGCGAGUCGACCGAGCGCCGCGGCAGCAUCACGUCGCACUCGAGCGCUGCGUUCAGCACCAUGGGCGACUGA